AUGAAGGCGGCUCGCGGGAUCCGGAAGCUGGCGAUGAUCGGCGACGCGACACUCGACAUGGUUGCAUGUCCACCGGCUGAUCUAUGUAUUUGUUAUGGACGGUUUAAUAAAAUGACGAUCGCGACGUUGUUCGGGCUCGGACUGCUGGUGUUGGCCGAUACAUUGGCCCCGAAAACGAGCGUCAAGCAGCGCACCGCGACUACCGUCCGCAACUUGAAGGGCACCACCUCGCGCCUCUCCCGCCAGACGGCCAAAUCGUUGAAAAAGCGC